AUGUAUAAACAAAUAACUUUAUUUGUUGUAGUGCUAUAUGCCUUUUUUGGCCUCUCCAUUGCAACUUUGGGUGUUGAUAUUUCAGGUCAAACUGAUGUCUCUUCAUUUUCUUGUCUAAAGUCAAACGGUUACUCUUUUGCCAUCAUUAGUUGUUGGCAGCUUCAAGGUCAACCUGAUCCCAAUUGUCCAAAAUCUAUUAGCAAUGCUUGGGCUGGUGGUAUGAGCAAUGUUGAUGUAUACAUAACUCCAUGUAUAUCAUGUGGUGAUGGUUCUAAUCAAGUUCAAACAAUGAUUAAAUUCAUCCAAUCAUACAAUGCAACAUUCAAUGGUAUGGUAUGGUUUGAUGUCGGAUCGUAUGCAUUCUGGUCCAGAAACCAAGUUGCCAACGAAGCCUUCUUUAAAGAUAUGGUUAAAGGUGCCCAAGUUGCUGGUGUCAAGGUCGGUAUAUCCACAUCUACUACCCAAUGGGAUGAGAUUAUGGGUGGAUGGAAUGGUGCUUCUUCAUUCCCACUCUGGUAUUCCGACUUGGAUGAUAGUCCUUCAUUCACUGACUUUUCACCAUUCAGUGGAUGGACUACUCCAACCAUCAAACAAUACUAUAGUGAUGUCACUAUCUGUGGUUUGGGUGAUGUCAACCAAAACUACUAUUAA